AUGUGUGGCUGCACCAUCAGCACUAGGGAUCAAAAGCUCUGCUCCGGAGGGGAAGCCCAUCCUUCGGCAUCCCCUACAGCAACCUCCCUGCCUCCAACGAUGCCGAAAAGCAUUCCAAUAUCUAAACAACUGUCUUCUGUGAAAGCUCUGGGGAAAAGCUCAGACUUGGAGAAAGCCUUUGCUACUGCAGCUCUGAUUUAUAAUAACUCUUCUGACCCAGAUGGUAAACUCAGUAAAUCUGUCGCCAAAAACUUACUGAAGACCCAGUUUAUGAAUUUCAUCCAGGGACAAGAAAACAAACCCAAGUACAAAGAGCUCCUUUCUGAGCUUGAGGAGCAAACAGAGAAUAAACUGGGUUUUGAAGAUUUCAUGAUCUUGCUCUUAAGUAUUACUCUAAUGUCGGAUCUGCUCCAAGAAAUCUGGACAUCAAAAAUCCCCAAGUGA